UCUGUCUCCCUCACAUCUGUCUAAAUCUACAUAUCUCAUUCUCUCCCUCACAUCUAUCUAAACCUAGCAUAAAUCUCCUUACCCAAACCCCAAAUUUUCCUGAACCUCCGAGACCUCUCUGAGAAAAAUUUCCAAACUUUCCGAGAGGAAAUUCUCCAAAUUUCCCAGAAAUUUCCCCACAGCCUCAAACUCCUAGCUCUCCCUACCUCUCACCGAAACCCCAAAAUUCUAGUCCUCUACUAAUAAUCUUUAUCCUGUGCCGUUUCGGUCUGCUUCUGAGCUCGGUGGUGGUGGUGGUGGUGGUCCCUUUGACUUGCUCCGUCGAUCGAAUCCUUCCAGUGAUGAAUUCCUGAUGAAUAGGACUGUCCUCACUGGUAGUUCUACUAACCGUCUGGUGGUUGGCCGCCACGGGAUCCGAAUCAGACCUUGGCCGCAUAUGAAUCCGACUGAGGUCAUGAAGGUGCACCAGAUUAUUGACACGGUUCAGAGGGAGCAAAGGCGUCAAUUUGGAGUCAAGAAUCCUAGAACCAUCAUUGUGGUGACUCCCACUUAUGUGAGGACGUUCCAGGCCCUUCACAUGAUCGGUAUGAUGCACUCGCUGAUGCUGGUGCCGUACGAAGUCGUUUGGAUCAUGGUGGAGGCUGGUGGAGCUAGCAAUGAGACCGAUUCGAUCCUCGCCAAGUCGGGACUCUGAACCAUUCAUGUUGGAUUUGAGCAGCGAAUGCCAAAUUCUUGGGAGGGUCGUCAUCGAUUGGAGGCUUGGAUGAGGCUUUGUGCAUUGAGGUGAGUUCAUGAUGCUAAAGAAGCUAAGCAAACAAUUACGUGGUGAGGAUUGGAAUUGGAACAACUUAAACACAUUAUGUUUGGCAAUAGGGUCUAUAUUUGGUUCGAAGAUGGAAUAAUAGUAUAGAAAAGGUGGAAAGGAUUUGGACUAAAAGCUUCUGCAGCAAUACCUACUAGGUUGUGUGUUUUGCUUUAAUGGGCAUUGGCAGCUCAUUUCAUGCUCAAGAAACUGUUGUGAGUGGGCAGAGGGAAGAAAGAAAAGAGUAUGAUGUCAGACCAUGAGAAAGCUUGCGGAGAUAAGAUUACUCGAUUGGAGGAGUCUCUGAAAAAGGAAAACUCAAGACGACAAAGCUUUUAUCAUUUCGAGGAAAACUUUGGGUUCCCUUUUGAGAAUGCCUCGGAUGAUGAUUUCCCACCUGAUGAUUAAAGCUUUGCUUUAGUGUUGGCAUCUCAGAGAAAAGGCAAAACUAACCACUCUUUCAACCUGAUUCAAGAUAUGUCCUUUAAUAUCUUCCUUAUUACACUGUCUCUAGAUAGUAAGAAAAACUUAAAUUGUCCAUAGUUAAUUUCCAUUAACAAUUCUCGAUAGUCAAUAUUGAAUAUUCAAAUGUUUUCUGCUCUACACAAACUAAUAGAGCUCAGCAAUAGAUCUUAUUAUGUAAGACCAACUUUAUGUGUAGGAAUCUUUGGCUGAACACCAUAACUACAAACCAACUAUGAUUACCGCUUUGCCUUUACAGUCUUUUCAUGUAACCGUUAUAUGCGAUAGAUGAUGAAUAUGAUGAUAAUUGCUCUAGAAAAGUUUCCCUUUCCUGUUUUGAUGUGGCUUUAAAUACAAAUAUUCUUGAUACUGUCUCUAAUGGUUCCUUGAGGUAAGGCCUUUAGUUUGAUUUGCCAAGUUUAAUAUAGUUCUACACAUCAGAGGUCAAUAUUUUAAAGACUGGUUGUUCUUUACAGGCCAGUCUGAUUUUCUUUCUUUUUAAAAAAAAUCUAUUUUAGGUGCUUAAACUGAUUAAAAAAGGUAUCGCGUUGACAUCAUACGCUGGAAAGCUGGUUGGGGUCAUCUAGGACAUGUUACUUCUGAUUCUUCAAUCCAUAGUGCUCUUUUUCGGAUUGUUUGCAAGACUUCACAAGCAUUGGAGAAACUUCAUGUUCGCCGUCUCUUUGAUGUCACAGAAAUUGAAGGAUACAUCUUCCAGCCUCCCCAUCUUUCUUCAAUCAGUUUUGUCAUCUGCAACAAAACCAAUAUCUAUAGUUGCUGUUGUUGUCUCCUUGGCCAUACAGAUUGGCGCCACUAAAGUACUGUCAAUGCUGUUGAUGACAGCAGAUUUCUUGCCACCAUAUUUUUCUGCAAGCGGCUUUUGUCUAGAUGAUAAACAGGUUGCUGAUUUGAAAUAUUCUGUAAGCUUUAUUCUACUAGAGCAAUCUGAAGAAAAUGAAGACUUUUUUGUUGUUACCGUCAAUCUUUUCACUGCUGCUGCUCGUUAUCAGCCUGCUUUUUUUAUUGCUGUAUUUGCCACCAAAGAGUUUAUGGACGUCCAACCAAGUAAUGCUGGUGAUGGGAAGCUGCCAGCAAUUGAGGUUUCCUCUGGGCCAGUAGAGUCUAAAAGUUCAAGCCUUGUAGAUGCAGUACUUUGUUAUGUUGUAAAUUCUGACAGUCAUAUCAAUAAGAAUAUUUUGUGUUGAAAGUAGUAACUUUUAACUAUGUUGAAUAUUUAAGAAUCCUUGAUUACUUAAAGAACAUUUUGCUGUUGAUGAUAGUGUUGAAUGUUUUAAACUAAUUUGUAGAUUGUUAA